ACCUCGUCCUGUCAAUCUCAUCAUCGUCAUCGGGGCUGGAUCGACAGCGGAUCACCGAGCCAAUCAGCGUAGCAGUCGCUCAUGGCUUUGGCCGGCCCGGCCUCCUCGCUCGCGCUUGAUAGAUCUUGUCCUGCUGCGCCAAAUUGAGCUCGUGGCCCUUCUUCAUCAUCAUCAUGUCCUCGCCCACGUCGCUCCCCUACCAAGAGCCCACGCUGGGCAUGCUCGCCUCCACCACCGGCUUCAUCCUUGCCCUGAACGUUUCCGGACAUCUGGUCGACCGUCUCUGCUCCUCCGGUCUCGUGGCUCAAAUCAUCGUAGGCGCACUCUGGGGUACGCCCCUCGCCCAAUGGCUUCAACCGCGCCCAGCCGUAGAGGAAUGCGUACAUCUCCUUGGCUACCUGGCGCUGCUCGCCCUCGUGGCGACGGCGGGAAUCGAGAUGCGCGUCGAUGUCAUCUCUCAGGGAAAGAUGUUGGCCUUGGCCGUCCUUGUGGGGACGACGGGCAUCUUGCUUCCCAUCGGGCUCUCCUUGCUGCUCCUGCCAGUGGGCUUUGGGUUCACGCUCCUCGAGAGCUUCGCGUGUGGGGCAGCGCUUAGCUCGACGUCGUUGGGUACCAUUCUAACUUUACUUGCGAAUGUGAGCGAUCACAAACGAGGUGAUGGGAAGAGGAGGGAUGACAGAGGCGAAUCAAGAGGCGGACCUGUCGACGAACUAGGACGUGAGAACAAUGGGGGCGAGCAAGGGGGUUUGCUCGACACUCGCGUGGCAACCGUCCUUGUUGGGGCAGCUUUACUGGACGACAUCGUUGCCCUCGUCCUGUCCAAGGUCGUGCAGGUCCUAUCUCCCUCUGCGGGACCCUUGGAAGCAUGGACCAUCGUGCGCCCAAUUCUCAGCUCGUUGCUACUCCUGGGCGUGACAGCUGCGCUGUGCUCUCGCUGGAUACUGGGGCCUACGGUCAGAUUCCUCUUUUCGCGGCCGAUAAUGCGGAGACGCUUACGAUCUUCUAGUCAAUCAUUCCGUAUGGGCGAUUCGGGACCACAAGUAUCAGCAACCACAACGACUACCUCAGAGCACCCCAGGCCCGCUCGAUCCUCCGCACCAUGGAUCUCCCCCAUCGGCCUCGCAACAACGGCACUCAUCGGCAUCAUACCCCUCUUCGUCACCAUAGCGCAUUAUAUCGGCUCCUCCCCACUAGUCGGCGCCUUCUGCGCCGGUGCAUCCAUGCAGCGCAUCUACGAGGCCGUCAUCGAGUCAGAGCAGCUGCGCCUCUCCGCCCAUGAUGACACGGCCAGGCCAUCGCGGGGCCGCCAGCCCCUCACCACCAUCUCCCCCUCUUGCGUGACUCAGUACUGGUCCUCCGUGCAAUCACGCCUGCUCCUCCCCUUCUUCUUCGCCUCCAUCGGAUUCGCCAUCCCGCUCACCCGCCUCUUUCGCGGUAUGAUCGUCUGGAAGGGCUUCGUCUACGCGGGGAUCAUGGCAGUCGCCAAGGCUGCGGCGGGGUCGUGGUUGCUCUUCUUCGAUUGGGUGGAGAGAAGGAGCGACGCUAAGGCGGCGGCUCAAGUACAGCAGAGAGGGCGAGGAGCGGGCGAGCAGGACGACGAAGGCUCAAGGCUGCCGGACACUUCUUCAGGGUUGCCGACGAUGCCGCCUCCGCUUACCCCACUUGCCAUCGAGGAUUCUGCUCCACCCGUCGCCCCGAGCCUCAAAAGCUCAACAUGGUCCGCCUCCCUCCUUCUCGGAGUCUCCCUCGUGGCCCGAGGCGAGAUCGGGUUCCUCAUCCUAGGCCUGGCACAGGACUCUGGUCUCGUCGGAUCCCCCACAUCGUCGUCCUCAUCAUCAUCACAAGACGCUUACAUGGUAGCAGUCUGGGCCUUGAUCCUGAACACGCUCGUUGGUCCGAUUAGUGCGGGAAUCCUUGUCAAGAUCCGUGGGGGAAGCGUGGCGAGGCAGAUAUCGUGGGGCAGGUGGGGGACAGUGUAGCUGCAGCGAGGGGCGUGGCGCCUGACGAGGUUGCACUUGCUUGAUCAGACGGAGCGACUCGCUGUACAAUCAAUCAUUCCGUAAGUCGUGCAACUUUCAUUCCUUUUGUUGAUUCGAGACCGCGAAACUCCGGAGUCCUCUAGCCCUCAGCUCGAUCGCAUCUCGCCACGACACGCAUCUACUAAAGCUCCACGCGCCCCCCAGCGGCUUUGUUCACCACGCUCUCCACACUCUCUACGAAUCCUUCCGCCUCAGGCGUACCCCCUGCCGCGC